AUUGCCAUUGGUAGAGAGCGCAGAGGAAGGAAAAAAGACGGAGAGUUGGAAAGAGAGCAAUUAUGGCAACGACGACGUCGUUUCAGGGUUACCCUCAACCCCAACCCCAACCCCAACCCCAACAACAACAUCAUCAUCAUCAUCAGCCGACGACGGUUGAAGAGGUGAGAACCCUCUGGAUUGGCGAUUUGCAGUUUUGGGUCGACGAGAACUACCUCAAUUCCUGCUUCUCUCACACCGGCGAGGUAGUUUCAAUAAAGAUUAUACGAAACAAAAUCACUGGUCAGCCUGAGGGUUAUGGGUUUGUGGAGUUUGUUUCUCAUGCGGCGGCGGAAAGGAUUUUGCAGAGUUAUAAUGGGACUAAGAUGCCUGGAACUGAACAAACUUUCCGGCUAAACUGGGCUUCUUUCGGUAUUGGGGAAAGGCGUCCUGAUGCUGCCGGAGUUGAGCACUCCAUUUUUGUUGGGGACUUAGCCCCAGAUGUUACGGAUUAUCUCUUGCAAGAGACCUUUCGAGUUCAGUAUCCGUCUGUUAGAGGUGCCAAGGUCGUGACUGAUCCAAACACUGGACGUUCCAAAGGAUAUGGGUUUGUUAAGUUUUCUGAUGAGUCGGAAAGGAACCGCGCUAUGACUGAAAUGAAUGGCGUCUAUUGUUCAACUAGGCCGAUGCGGAUUAGCGCAGCAACACCAAAGAAGACCACUGGUUUUCAACAGCAGUACGCCGCUGCUAAAGCGGUAUAUCCAUAUCCGGCGUACACUACACCCGCUGUUCCUGCAGUUCCAGCUGAUUAUGAUACAAACAAUACUACUAUUUUUGUCGGCAACUUGGAUCCAAAUGUCUCAGAGGAGGAGCUGAAGCAAACAUUUUUGCACUUUGGGGAGAUUGUAUAUGUCAAGAUUCCCAUGGGCAAGGGGUGUGGUUUUAUACAGUUUGGGGCGAGGACAUCUGCCGAAGAAGCCAUUCAGAAAAUGCAGGGAAAGAUGAUUGGUCAACAAAUAGUACGGGUUUCUUGGGGAAGGAGCCCAACGGCUAAACAGGACGCAUCGGGGAGCUGGGGUCAGCAAGUAGAUCCAAGUCAGUGGAGCGCAUACUAUGGUUAUGGACAAGGCUAUGAUGCUUAUGCUUAUGGGGCUACUCAUGAUCCAUCCUUGUAUGCGUAUAGCGCAUAUGCUGGUUAUUCUCAGUACCCUCAACAGGUUGAAGGUGUUCAAGACAUAGCAGCCACUGUCCCAGCUGUAGAACAAAGGGAAGAGUUGGAUGAUCCGUUGGCUACACCUGAUGUUGAUAAGUUAAACGCUGCUUACCUGGCCGUUCAUGGAAGUGGCAUUUUAGGCCGUUCGUUAUGGAUGAGAACAUCGUCAUUUUCGCUGCAAGCUUAGACGUUCUUUCGAGAUGAUACAGUUGAAGAGAAUCGAGUCUUGGGGGAAAGAUUAUAGCAGCGAACUGCAAUUUGGCCAUUGGCAAGGGUUUGUUGCUUUGGAGUUUUGGUCACUUUUUAGAACCGUAACAUGUACCUUGCAUUGCUACAUGGUAGCAGAUAUAUAUAUAUAUAUAUAUUAUUGUUGACACAGUA